UGGGCACUCGUGUGACAGGAACUGGCAAGUGGACACUUCUGAGGCUCGGGAAAGACAGGUUUUCUCUGUGUAGCCCUGGCCGUCCUGGAACCCUGACUGUCUCCCAGGUGCUGGGAUUAAAGGCAUCCUAAAACACCGAUGGCAAACUUCAAGGGCCACGCUCUCCCUGGGAGUUUCUUUCUAAUAUUUGGGCUGUGGUGGUCAGUGAAGUACCCGCUGAAGUACUUUCACCAAAAGGGCUUCAAGAGGACCCGACUGGGCCAACAGCAACAACGGAUUGAGAUCAUUGAAGGUGCAAUCAAGACUUUGUUUGCAGUCAUUGGGAUCCUGGCAGAGCAGUUUGUUCCAGAUGGGCCUCACCUGCACCUCUACCAUGAAAAUCAUUGGACGAAGCUCAUGAACUGGCAGCACAGCACCAUGUACCUCUUCUUCGGUGUCUCGGGGGUCACUGACAUGCUCACCUACCUUUACUUCAACAUCGUGCCCCUUGGGCUGGACAGACUGGUCUUGGCUAUGGCGGUAUUCGCUGAAGGUUUUCUCUUCUAUUUUCACGUUCACAACCGACCUCCGCUGGACCAGCACAUCCAUUCACUCUUGCUGUUUGCUUUGUUUGGAGGGAGUAUCAGUCUCUCUCUAGAGGUGAUCUUUCGAGAUAAUAUCGUGCUGGAGCUCUUCCGAACCAGUAUGCUUAUUUUUCAGGGAACCUGGUUCUGGCAGAUUGGAUUUGUCCUGUUCCCGCCAUUUGGAACACCAGAAUGGGACCAGAAAGACAUGGACAAUAUCAUGUUUAUCACCAUGUGCUUCUGCUGGCAUUAUUUGGUUGCUCUUUGCAUCACAGCCAUCAACUACUCUCUAGUUUACUGCUUUCUGGCUCGGGUGAAGAGACACGCAGAAGGAGAAAUCAUUGGGAUUCAGAAGCUGAAGUCUGAUCACACUGAUCAGUCAGCCCUUUUGAGUGGCUCAGACGAGGAGUGACAUGAGGCCUUGGGACAGUGGAGACCUCACAUCCUUUACAAUAGCUGCAAAAGAUGUAGCUUGACCCCUCUACUUGAAGGCUUGCUUUGGUGUGCUCCUGGGGUGCCAUAUGUCGCAUUCCUCAUCUAAAACAAAGCUAGAGGCUCAAACACAGGAAAUUUGACCUCACAUAUUUUUUUAUGUACCAUGUUAUUGGAAUAUUUAAGCAUGAUUCAACUUCAAGUCUGUAUUAGAGUAAUACCAUCCAUAUAGAAAACUGAACACCUUUCGGUAGCAGGCCUGUCCUUGUAGAAUUACUUUACGAUCCUGAACACCUACAAUAGGAACUGAUCCUGUGGAUGGAGAAAGUUAUGAAUCUGACAGGACAUUUCAUGCUGCUUCUGAUAACUUGCCUGUCUUCUCUCAAUCAAGCAGGUACUUUCUUCUCAGAAAUGUAUUGGGACUUAGUUGAUGACAGAGCAGUGCCUUCAGUUCAAAGCCAAGAUUCUAACGUUUUUUAAAAUAAUAAAGCAACUCAUAAGCUUUGGUAUUUUAAGUGUUAACUUUUAAAAUAUUCUCUAAUCAGUGGUAUCAGAGUACUGCAUUUUAGCCUUGAUUAGAAAUAAAACUGGCAAAGAUAAUCUUCUUAAAUCAAGUGGCUACUUCAUUGUUCAGCUGCGAACUGAAAUUCUGCAGAUUCCUCAACAGUAUCCUACUGAGAAGCAUUAUACAGCAAAUCUGUACCUUCCAAGAUGCAGGAGAAAAAAAAAAUCAGGUUAUGAAAGGCUUCCAAUUUUAAAUCAAAGCUAAAACCAAAGUAUAAUGAUUUUGAAUUCUUAAUAUAGAUAUAUACUGUUGAUCCUGGA